GGAAAUCCUUGAAAGUCAGUACAAUCUGCGCGUGUUACACAGCAGGUCGUUUUAUAUAUUUCCGCGUGUUAUAUACUAGAUAUAUUAUUUAAAGUGUACAUGUAUUUAAGAUGAGUAAAAUUGUCGGAAUAUAUCAGCAUGAAAAAAGUGAAAACUUAGAUGAAUAUUUCAAAACUCUUAAUCUUCCUUAUCUCGCACGAAAAAUGAUAUAUAUAUCAAAUCCAAGAAAAGAAAUAAGAAAAGAAGGUGACAAAUGGAUUAUUAAAAAUAUAACAAUGAUGAGAACUCAAGUGUGGGAAUUUUUUUUAGAUACAGAGUGGGAAGAAGUGAUGCCUUCUGGUGUAAAAUUGAAAAAUACUACUACUAUCGAAGGCGAUAGUCUUAUUAUUGUUUCAAUAAACGAAGACGGAAAUAAAGUAACUAGAAGACAUGAUUUUGAUGACAACGGUGUCGUAUUAACUCUGUCGCAUGAAAGAACUGAUCUGGUUGCUAAGCGAUACUUUAAAAGAGUUUCAUAACUACAAGGCGAGAAAAAUAUUGUCAGAAUGACCUUGCAAUGUAUCUUCAAAUGACGUAUUAUCAGAAUAACGAUUAGGUUACCUUCCCUGAUCAAAAACUCCGAUUGAAACCGCUGACUUCCGAUUGGUACCGAUCGAAAUCUGAUAGACUUUCAAUCAGAAUUCAUUGGUUUCAAUCGGAGUUUUUAAUCAGGGUUAUUAAGAAUACUCACAUGUUCAUUUAAUACUCUAUACACGGAAAGAAAAUUAUGGCAGCGGUUCCCAUAAUUUUGUGAAAUUUUUUCCUAUACCAUCAUAGGAAUUACGACCAUAAAUUAUGGGAGCGGUUCCUAUAAUUAUAGGAAUGAUUCCCAUAAUUAUAGGAAUAGUUCCUAUAAUUAUGGGAAUGAUACCCAUAACACUAUAGGAAUGGUUCCUAUAAUUAUAGGAAUGGUUCCUAUAAUUUAUAGGAAUACUUUCUAUAAUAUUAUGGGAAUCAUUCCUAUAAUUUAUUGGAAUGGUUCCUAUAAUUUAUAGGAACCAUUCCCAUAAAUUAUAGGAACCAUUCCCAUAAUAUUAUGGGAAUGGUUCCUAUAAUAGUAUGGGAACUAUUCCCAUAAUAUUAUGGGAACUAUUCCCAUAAUAUUAUGGGAACUAUUCCCAUAAUAUUAUGGGAAUGAUUCCCAUAAUGCAAUUGGAAUGGUUCCUAUACCAUUAUGGGAAUCAUUCCCAUAAUAUUAUGGGAAUAGUUCCCAUACUAUUAUAGGAACCAUUCCUAUAAUAUUAUGGGAAUGGUUCCCAUAUUAUCAUUAAAAAAUUAAUUUAAAGAAAUGUGGUAAUCACUUCUACAAUACACAGAAAUAUUAUUAAACAUAAAAACAAAAAUUCAAACAUUGAAAAAAAAAAUCGAAUUUGGCAAAAAAACAUUAAAAUUUUUAAUAAGAAUUUUUUGUCAGCACAAAACAUUCAAGAAAAUUUAAAUUUUGGGAAAUUUCUACACUAUUGUGUAAAAAAAAAAUUUUAUAGGGAUGGUUCCCAUAACAUUAUGGGAAUAGUUCCCAUAAUAUUAUAGGAAUAGUUCCUAUACCAAUAUGGGAACCAUUCCCAUAAUGGUAUGGGAACUAUUCUCAUACUAUUAUGGGGAUGGUUCCCAUAAUAUAUGGGAACCAUUCCUAUAGUAGUAUAGGUACUAUUCCCAUACCAUUAUGGGAACCAUUCCCAUAAUGCAUAGGAAAACUUCCCAUAAUUUUCUUUCCGUGUAGUAUUAUUAAAAUAAUGAUAAUUUGUAUUUGUUUUAGGUUAAGUAUUCAUUUCUUAAAUUUAAAAAUGCGACAAACAACCUGUGCAAACAAAUAUAGUUUCAUUGAUAUAAGUAACAGUUUUUUUAGCGUGAGGAUCCGUUUUGCUUAAUUGACUAUACAUCAUUCUCGGUUGCCGAUUGUCUAAAUUACGGAGUUUGCGCAAUAAUGUCAGAGGUUCAUACAACGCCUACAUUAAGAAUACGAUCGUCAUUUUGACGAUUCACUGUAAGAAAACUCUGUACAUCUGAAUGGGCUAUACGUUGUAUCAUUAAGUAAGAUGAGUUUACAGCGUAUAGCCAUGAUACCGAUCCGUAUACUUACUCCGACAAUAUUUUUCUCUCCUUGUAUAAUGUAUUUUAAAUAAAAUAUUAGCUCACAGAAUGGUACCUUUUUUUAUCUUAAGUCCAAUGAUAAAUUUUAUUGCGAUUGUAAAAUAAGAUUAAGAAAUUUCUGAUUUAAAUCAUAAAACUUUGCUAGACCUCGUUAAUUAUCAUUAUCAGUUGCUGGGGGCGUUAAAAACAUUUUUUUUAAUGACAAUAAUUUUCUUUAGUUCGACCGCGGACUGAAGACAUUUUGUGGUAAUAAUUUUUUACAAACUGCUUUUUUUUUUUUAUAAAUUAUCAUUUAUUUUUAUAAACUUUUGUAUAAAAAAUUUAAGUAGAUAUUAAAUCUAAAACAAGCAA